AUGACCAUCGACGACGACAUUUUGGCGUUCUGUAACCACAUCAAGACGUACGGUCUCAGCCCCACUGGCAGUCCUCCGGGCGUAGCCGAGGUGGUGGACGAAAACACAGAGCUCAAUGCAAGCUACCUGGAACUCGGCGCCGAAAUAAAUCAGCCACUGGACUUCGACAACACUACCGCGAUGGACCUGCCUCCGUUGGAAGAGGCGCUCGAUUUCCUCAUCUCCGUCUGGGCUAAAGCAAGCACCGACGUAGACGAUCUAUAA